AUGGCCAAAACCACUGCAGGCGAUCUGGAACGUCUCUGGGUGAAUAUUACGAACGAGUCGUUUGAGGGAGAGCAGCCCAAGAGAUUCCACGAGUACUUUGCAGGGUCAAUCAGCGUAGAAGCUUGGUUGAGAGAGGAACGUAUAGACCUCGACUGUCGCCUACCAUCACGGGACUACUGGGGUCCGUACUCUACUGUGCGCGAGUUUCACCAAGCACUAGCCAACGGUAUUCCUUGGGACUGCGACUGCACUAAAUUCCCUGACCUUGCCGAGCUCUUUGCGUUCUAUCAGCAAGCAGAAAACAAGCUGGUUCUGACCCACGGCGACCUGAGCAGCCUCAACAUCCUUAUCCAUGGAGACACUGUGGUGGGAAUAGUGGACUGGGAGACGGCAGGAUGGUUCCCGCCAUACUGGGAGUAUACAACUGCCAAGUAUGUUAACCCCCAGAAUCCAUUCUGGGCGGAUCCAGUUGAUCAAUUUAUCACGCCCAUGCCAGAGGUGUUGAGGAUGGAAACUAUUAGGCGUAAAUAUGUUGGCGACUUCUGA